AUGGGCAUGGAUAUUGUGGAUAUUGUGGAAAUGGUGGAGGUCGUGGGCAUCGCCAUGAGAGUCCUAGGAUUAAUACUGGCCGUCGUGAUCUGUGCUCUCCCCACCUGGAUAGAGACAACCUUCAUAGCAACUAACUUUACCAACACAGGUGUGGUCUUGUACGGCCUGUGGAUGAGCUGUGUGACACAAGGCAUGGGAGAGACACAGUGUGGGGUGUACAACUCCAUUGGGUGGUAUUUGCCCGAUGUUCUGCAGGCCGCCAGAGCCAUGAUCCUCACUGCCAUCAUCCUGGGGGUUCUGGGGGUCGUGGUCUCCAUGGUCGGUGCCAAGUGCGCAAACUGCGUCAAAGACGAAACGUCUCAGGACAAGUUGAUAAAUUUUGCUGAAAUACAAUUAAUCUUGGCCGGAAUUAUCAUCCUCACCCCUGUUUUCUUGGUAGCAAUAUCAAUCAUCGACCAUUCCACGCAGAUUGAAAGAGAGACAGUAUUGGGGGCCUCGCUGUACUUCGGCUGGAUGGCGGCCGCCCUGCUCCUGAUUGGAGGGUCAUACGAAGGUUGA